AUGGAAGAGGGAGAUGAGAAGGACAAAGAAGGUGAAAAAGAGAAUAAGGAAGAGAACUUAGGAGGAAGAGAGGGAGAGGAGGAUACCGAAAAUGGAGAGAGAGAGAAAAGGAAAUUCAGGAGGGAGGAGGAAAUGUGGAAGGUGGCUUUCUGGAAUGUGGCGGGCAUAGCAAACAAGGAUAAGGAAUUCUGGGAAGCGGUAAAGGAAUGGGAUGUAGUGAUAAUGAUGGAGACAUGGUUAUAUGAGAGGGGGUGGGAAAAGAUGAAAGAAAAGAUCCCAAGAGAAUACAAAUGGAGAGUACAGAUAGCGACCAGGAAGAACAAGAAAGGAAGAGCGAGUUGGGGUAUGCUGUUAGGAAUACGGAAGAGAAUAGAAGAGAUAAAGGAAGAAAGAAAGUUGGAGGAAGAGGAAAGUAAGAUCGAAUGUAAGAUAAGGAUAGGAGAGGAAAUAUGGAGAAUAAUAGGGCUUUAUGUAAAUAAUGAUAUAGACAGGAAACUAGAAGGCCUGAAGGAUAAGACGGAAGAGGAAGAAAAGAGAGUAAGGACUAUAAUAGGUGGGGAUUUCAAUGCGAGAACGGGGGAGGAAAGAGGUUGGGAAGAGGAGGACGAGGAAAGAGUGGAAGGUGGAGGGAGAAGAUCAAAAGACAAGAAAAUAAAUAGGGACGGAAGAAAGCUAUUGGAAUUCAUAGAGGAAAGAGGUUGGAUGAUACUAAAUGAAGGCGUGAAGGGAGAUGAGGAGGGUGAAUUUACGUACACAGGAGGGAGAGGCGAGACAGUUAUAGACUACGUGAUAGGGGAGGAGGAGGUUAGAGAAAAGGUGGAAAGAUUGGAGGUAGAAGAAAGAGUGAUUCCAGGAGAGAAGGAUUCCAGGAUACUUAGAGAAAAACUGGAAGGAAGAAAGGUGGAGUAG